AUUCUCAUACAUAAGAUUGAACACUUGCCUAUAAAAGGAACCAGACAGAAGCAGCAUUCAUGUGAAAAUUCGAAAAAAAAAGAUUUUGUGAAUUAAUAUAAUAACGGAUUGAUAAUUGAUAUAAAAUUUUAUCAUCACACUAAUUCUAUUCUGCUAACAUUUUUUAACAAAAUUUUAUUGAAAGCAAGCUUUUACUGACUACAUAUACAAACUACGAGGGAUUUGAGUAUAAAUAGGAAUAGUUUAAUAUAUGAACCCCUAUUAGUUAUGUAUGUAUCAAAAUGCAAUCCAUUGUGAAGGUCAGAAAUUAGGUUUUUUCGUACAAAGUAAUAAGACUGUGUUUAGAAAUUGAACGAUCACAGAUGUUGAAGCGAAUAUAUCCGUAUACGAGAAAAUGCUGCCUAUACACUAUUUAAUCAAGUAUUUUCAAGAAAUAACAUAUAUCCUACAAAUUUUUUUAUUCAAAUAAUAUAAUAUACAUAUAUUAAUAAUAAAUAACAAUCUUAUUCGAUGUGUUGAGUAUAUUUUAGGAAACGAAUUUUUUUCAAAUUCUUAAUAUAACAAUUUUUCUUGACCUUACACAAAAUUAAAAAAAAAUAUUUUAGCGAAAAAUUCGGGAAGUAACCCGGGCAACGACAUGCAAAAUAUCAUUGAAAGCAAUUCCUGUUCCCUAUGGGAUCAUUUAUAUUCUAUGGAAACUAUUCACGAAUAAAAUCUAAAUUUGGUAUAAAUAUUUAUUAGGUUUACAUUUAUCCAUUACAUUAGUUCAAUCAAGAUUUUUAAUUAUUUCAAUAAGUAUGUUCCAAAAAUAAAUACUAUUACAAAUUUAAAAGAUAUUAUUUCACAUGCUCCCUUUGUAGAUUUAAUUAAAUAAAUAGUUCCUUUAAAAAUAUGGAUAAAUAUUAAUUAAAUUCCUUAAAAUAAUAAUUAACUUCCUUCAUGUUAUUCCUCUUUUUGAUAAAAAAUAAUUGAUCAACAAAUAAAAACCCAUUAAAAACGAAAUUAUAAUUAUGAUUUUAUGAUAUAAAAAAGAAAAAUCUAAAUUAUCUUAAAGGUUACCGUUAUAUCAUGGUAGUCGUUAUUAUAGUUAACACAGGCGCAAAGAAAGUAAUACAAAGAGUAGUAAAAAAAAUAUAUAAAAUGCGUUGAAACCACGAAAGAAAUUUAUUUAGCAUUAAACACUUUGAAUCGGUACCAAUAAAAAAGUGAUACGGAACCAUAAAAUAUGAAAUCGAAUAAAAUUAAUAUUUAUUUUGUUCGUGAAGCAUAUUUGAAUAAAAAGUUCGUAUGCUAAAUACUAUGAUAAGGUCAAAUUCUAAAACAUUUAGUGAUUUAGUAACUUCUGGUAAUACCACUACUAAUCAAAGUAAUACGCAAAAUAACACCAACGGUCAUCUUCCUAAAUCUCCUGUAAAAGUAUUUCAAAGACAACAAAGUCAAGUUGAUCCAGAUCUUUCCCCAGUAUUGCAAGAAAAACAAGUAUUACAUCAGCGAUUGCAACAACAGUUUCAAAGUACAUUACGACAACGGUUGAUACAUCAGCAAUCUCUUUCUGGUGUUCAGCCUGAAGAAAGUUUUUAUUUUAAAUCUAUUGAAGAUCCAUCUGACGCAGAUUUUUAUUCAUCACAGUAUAAAGUACCUAUUAUCAAAGAAAACGAAGAAAACUGGGUGAGAGCUAAAGCCAAAGGCAACUGGAAAAGAAUCAAAGAAAUUAGUAAAAAAGAGGAAAAACGUCCCCCAUGGCAAGGGCCAAGCUUGUCAACAUUAAACAAACCGGACAAAGAUGCCUUACUUCGAGCGAAAUUACUUGAUGUUACAAGACGUAUGCGUCAAUCAAGGAACACUGUAUCAACACAGACUGAAAACUUAAGUACAAAAUUAAUGAAAGAAGUAUGUACAGAUGUUCCAUACGAUCUUGUUAAUAUGAUUGAUGCUGAGGUUGCAACAGAUGAAUGGGUAACAUUAAGACAUGCUGAAGGACCUGGAAUAUUUUUAUUUACUCAUUCUAUAGCACUUAUGACCGACAGAAUUUCAGCUGAAGAUGAAACGACACAGACCCCCACUGUUAAAAAUAUAGCAGUACGUAUUGAUAAUAAAUAUUUAAAGGCGCGUGUUAGAAAAUUAGAUGAUGUUAUUUCAAAACAAGAUAAGAUUUCCAAACAACUUGACAAUAUUAGAGAAGCUAAUCGUAUUUUAAAUAUACCUCAACCAUCAUUUGUUUAUAAAAGUGAAGUAUAUUUAAAUAAAUUUUCAAAUGAUAAAUUACCAAAUAAACAGGAGUUUUUGUGUCAUAAAGGAUCAAAUACAUAUUCAUAUUGGGGCAGCGGCUAUUUCGAUUACUUAAGCGGUACAAAAAUUAAAGAAACUUAUAAUAAAAAUGUUUUAAUAGAAUCGGAUGAGAAAACCUCAAAAAUGUUAUUAUCACCACAUCGUAAAAAACCAAUACUGAAAAAUCGUCCAUCUAUUUGGAAUGAAAUGCAACAAACUGCAAUAGCGUUAUUAAUACGUGAAGCUGGUGCAUUACAAAGGGUUUUUGAACAAAUUGCUUUCGCAAUGGGACCUGGAUUAAAAUACAAACCAAUUGAGAAAAAAAAAUUUGAUGUACCAGAAUUUUUAUCAGACAAAUUAGAACCAGUAUUGAAUAGUUCACGCAAAUUGAUAGAAGAAAAGAAAGCAUCAGUCAAAGAUUUGGAAACACUAAUACAAGUUGAAAAUUGUUGAAAAGUUAAGAGAAAUAAUCACUUUUUUAUUUUAUGUUUGUAUACAAUUCUGAAUUGGCCUCUAACUAAGUAAUUGGAAUAAUGUAGUGAUGUUAAACUUUAAUUGUUGUGUUUCUUGAGAAGGAAUCACUUGAGUUCAUUGAGAAAAGAAGUCAUUGUUAUAAAGUUAAAUUAAAUAAAUUAAAGCAAAUUGA